AUGAGCCAAGAUAUUUUCCCCAAAAUGGUGGACCCCCUGAAUGGGAGCACAGCGGGGGGGACCCUUUCAAUGGAGACUGCCGACGCUGACUCCCCUUCGAUGGACACCAACAACGUGGGCAACCCCACAGUAAUGAGCUUCAACAUGGAAACAAAAAACAACAUCAAGUACGCCGGAAUAUGCAUCUAUAACAUGAAUACGAACGAAUUCUCCCUAUGCGAAUAUAUCGAAAAUGAACACUUCACCAUUUUAGAAUCUUUGCUGAUACAGUGCAGACCGACAUGCUUCCUAUAUCUCUCAAGUAACGACAAACUGGACGACAAAAGGAUAAAACUAAUUCUAAGUUUGUGUGAAAUUAAACAUCGUGAGUUAGGAAAGAGUGAUUUUUACAACACGUGCUCGAUGGAAAAUGAUCUGAGUAAGUUACUCAAGCCAACAGAAGACGUGAAGAAUUGCAUCUCCUUCUUCAAAUUGCAUUUGGCUUGUCGGUCAUUCACCAGCAUCGUCAAACAUAUGAACCUCCUCAAUGACUACAGUGCCACGAAUAAAUGUGUACUAACGAAUUACAACAUAAAUCGGUACCUGAAACUCGACAUGGCAGCUACCAUCGCGCUAAAUGUCCAUGCGGAGCAUAUGUUGGCAGAGAAGAAGACGAGCUGCAACAGAGGGAGCAGCUUGACUCUCUUCACCUUCUUAAACAAAUGCAAAACGAAGAUUGGGGAACGGAAGCUUCUGCAAUGGGUGAUGCACCCGAUAAGGGACGAAGCUAAGAUUAAUGAGAGGCUAGACAUGGUCAGCAUAUUAAAAGAAGAUGGGGUGAUGAGGUCCAUGAUACAGUCGGAUUACCUUCGAAAGAUUAGCGAUCUUGAUGUUAUAAUUAAAAAGUUAAAAAUUGUUAACAGUACCACCGUAGAGGUGGAGGAAGAGAGUGCCGCGCGUCGAAUGGGGGAAUGCAAAAUCGGGGCAGGGAAAAUCAGGGGGGGAAAAAACGCGUGCACUAUAGAAGACUUGGUAAAAAUGUACGACUCGGUGGUGGUGUCGAAAAGGAUUUACUACUGCCUAAACGACUACCAAGGGAAGUACAGAAACACGUUGGAGAAAAACUUCCUCACGCCACUGAAGGAGGUACUCAUCAGUCUGGACUCUUUCGUGAAGCUAAUCGAACUGACGGUAGACUUUGACGAAUUGUGCAACAAGAACUUUUUAAUAUCUCGUAAAUUUGACGAGCAUCUAGAAAAGCUAGCUAGAGAAAAGGACGAAGCGCUAAAAAUGAUAAAGGAGCACCGACAAGAAGUGGAAGACGACAUUAAUCAUCUCAAAGGAGUUAGCAGAAAGAAGAACGCAAAGGAAGACAUAAAAUUAGUCGACUGCAAUGUUAACACGUUCCUAUUUAGAGCUGUUAAAAAGGACAUGUCCACAAUUCAGCAGAGAAAAAAAACCUACUUCCAAGUGAGGAUGAAUAAAAGUGAAAUACUUUUUACUACGAACAAGCUAAAGGAGCUGUGCAAAAGGUACGAAUACAUCCUGAAAGAUUAUAACCUGUCGCAGGAACAGCUAGCUAGUAAGGCCAUCCAGGUAGCUUCAUCCUACUGGGAGCCCACGACAAAAUUGGCGAAACUCCUUGCACAGAUUGAUGUACUCAGCGCAUUCGCCUUUGUCAGUGCGUCUAGUUUAUCCGUUUAUGUUAGACCCAUUGUGGAGACUAACGGGCAAGUGCUACACCUCGUAGAAUCACGCCACCCCCUCGUGGAGUCCAAUUUUUUGCUAAUGAAUAAUUUUAUCCCAAACGAUGUGCACAUGAAUAAGACAGACAAACGGUUGAAUAUAAUAACGGGCCCAAACAUGGGGGGAAAAAGUACCUACAUAAGGCAGAUAGCUUUGAUAUGCUUGAUGGCGCAAAUUGGGUGCUUCGUCCCUUGCACGUAUGCUAAAAUGCCUAUUUUUUCUAAAAUUAUGUGUCGAGUGGGUUCGUCCGACAUUCAACUUAAAGGCAUAUCGACAUUCUUUUCCGAGAUGAUAGAAAUUGCAGCCAUUAUUAAAAAUGCAGGUGAGAAUACCCUUGUCAUUAUAGACGAAUUGGGAAGAGGUACCUCCACUUAUGAAGGCUUUGGAAUCAGCUGGGCAGUUGCUCAGUACAUUCUUAACAAAAUAAAAUGCUUCUGCUUAUUUGCUACUCACUUCCACGAAAUGUCAAAUCUGGAAUAUGAAUAUCAAGGGGCUACUAACAACCAUGUGGGGGCCAAAAUCGAUUCGGAAAAAAAAAAAAUUUCCUUCCUCUACGAAAUUAAGAAAGGCUAUGCUGAUAAGAGUUAUGGAGUACAUGUGGCUCAGAUAGCCAAGCUGCCACAAAACGUUAUCGACAAGGCUUUUGAAAAAUCCAAGGAAUUGGAAUCUAUUGAAAAUCGGCACUACUUUCGAACCAAGCUUACGGGAACUAAUCGGGACGAUGUGCACAAGAUGGAUGUGCAGAAGAGAAGCCACGAUUUGUUGCGCGGCAUUUUCUCCGCCACAGAGGAGGAGCAGUUCAUUUCGCACGUCGGGCAGAAUACGGCUGCGCUGAGGGAGGUGCUUGACGAGAUGUAG